AUAUUUCUCUAAACCAAAAAAAAAAAUGAAAUGGGAAAAAGAAUAGCGAAAUUAUAUGAUGCCGCAUCGAGUAAUCACCGUGUAACUACCUCAACGCUCUCUCCUUCUCCUUUUGAAUCUGUCCAGAUCUAAUUUCACCGGCGACGAUGAAGCAGCUUCACAAGCAAAUGAGCUCGAAGCGCGACGACGACACAAUCCCCAUGAGCCAGUCGUCUCCUUACUCACCCAAGGCCUUAAAGCACCCCAGAUCUCUCCCCAGAUCGCUCCACUACCUCUUCCGCGAACAGAGGCUCCUCUUCAUCCUCGUCGGGAUCCUGAUCGGAUCAACCUUCUUCAUCCUCCAGCCUUCUCUCUCCCGCUUAGCCCCCGCCGAGUCCACCUCCCUCAUCACCAGAUCCGUCGUCGACAGUAAUAACUACUCGCCUUCCAAGAUGAGUUUUAAUUACGGCGGAGGUAAAACAACAGGUCGUGUUCCCGUCGGUAUCGGAGGGCGGAGGCUGAGGAUCGUGGUGACAGGUGGAGCUGGAUUCGUCGGGAGCCAUCUCGUUGAUAAGCUUAUCGGGAGGGGAGAUGAGGUGAUCGUGAUUGAUAACUUCUUCACGGGGAGGAAGGAGAACUUGGUUCAUCUGUUCUCGAAUCCGAGGUUUGAGCUCAUUCGUCACGAUGUGGUUGAGCCGAUUCUCCUCGAGGUUGAUCAGAUUUACCAUUUAGCUUGCCCUGCCUCACCUGUUCAUUACAAGUUUAAUCCAGUCAAGACUAUCAAGACAAAUGUAAUGGGAACGCUUAAUAUGUUGGGUCUUGCAAAGAGAGUUGGAGCAAGGUUUCUGCUCACUAGCACAAGUGAAGUCUAUGGAGAUCCUCUUGAGCAUCCACAAAAGGAGACGUAUUGGGGAAAUGUGAACCCAAUCGGUGAGAGGAGUUGCUACGAUGAAGGAAAGCGUACUGCAGAAACACUGGCCAUGGAUUAUCACCGAGGUGCAGGUGUGGAGGUAAGGAUUGCUCGUAUUUUCAACACGUACGGACCGCGAAUGUGCCUCGAUGAUGGGCGUGUUGUUAGCAACUUCGUUGCCCAGGCCAUCCGCAAAAACCCAAUGACUGUUUAUGGUGAUGGAAAACAAACUCGAAGCUUUCAAUAUGUUUCUGACUUAGUGGAUGGACUUGUAGCAUUAAUGGAACAUGAUCACGUAGGACCUUUCAAUCUUGGUAACCCAGGAGAAUUCACAAUGCUUGAGCUUGCAGAGGUUUGUUUUACUUUUACAGUCGUCCUUUAUCUUCAAUUUGGGAUCAUUAUUUACAAGAAACACUCAGUUCUGUGUAUGAAACGUGUGCAGGUGGUUAAGGAGGUGAUUGAUCCGAGUGCGACCAUAGAGUUCAAACCGAACACAGCGGAUGAUCCACACAAGAGGAAACCAGACAUAAGCAAGGCAAAGGAGCUUCUGAACUGGGAACCAAAGAUCUCUCUGCGUGAUGGUCUCCCUCGUAUGGUGAGUGACUUCCGUAACCGAAUCUUGAACGAAGAUGAAGGCAAAGGUCUCUAAGUGAGAGUCACACAACGAUACUGUAUUCCUUCUUCUUUAGCAAAUGAUUGAAAUAUGUAUAGUCUCUUUUGCAAGAGCUCUGCUAAUGUCUUUUUUUAUUCUUUUUCUUAUCUUAUUUUCUUUUUGUUCUUUCCCCAAGACACAAAUUACUACUUAUAUUAGCUAAUAUAUUUUGUUGCCUUAAAUGUA